UACCACGAUAUCGGGGGUUUAGCGCUUUGAUUCCUACUUCAAGUUAGUGCUAGGUAGGUACUUGUAUAGUGGUGGUAGGGACCCUACCGGGCCUACCGGUACCUAGUAGGGUAGGCCCUCAGGCUGAUGUCUCGAAACAUGGCUCAGAACAUCUAAGAACCUUCCUUACUCACGAUCAUUUAUACAUCAGACCAGACGAAAUAGAUAGAUAGCCCUUCCUCUUUUUCUUUCUUUCUUUUUUUAUAGAAAAAAACUGUGCUGUACUUCUUCAUUUCUUCUACAAUGCCACAAUCACCUAAGUACCUAAGUGGCGACUCUGCCGCUCUCAAUGAAUUCCUUGAUAAGUUCGAUGUUUUUCUACUUGACUGCGAUGGCGUCUUAUGGUCUGGAGACCACCUUUUCGAAGGCAUCGUCGAGACUUUAGAGAUGCUAAGAUCGCGAGGGAAACGUAUCGUCUUUGUCACGAACAAUUCUACAAAGUCCAGGCCCGACUAUCAGAAAAAGCUGACAGCUAUGGGCAUCCCUAGCAACGUCGAGGAGAUCUUUGCAUCAGCUUACUCGUCCGCCAUCUACAUUUCGCGGAUCAUGAAGCUCCCAGCACCCAAGAACAAGGUCUUCGUCAUUGGCGAGAGCGGCAUCGAGUCUGAGCUGCGCACCGAGGGUGUGCCGUUUAUCGGCGGCACGGACCCGGCCCUGCGGCGCGACAUUACGCCCGCGGACUUCGACGGGCUGGCCAAUGGCUCGCUGCUGGAUCCCGACGUCGGUGUUGUCCUCGCGGGAUUGGAUUUCCACAUCAACUACCUGAAGCUGUCGAUGGGCUUCCAGUACCUCCAGCGGGGCGCCAAGUUCCUCGCGACAAACCUCGACAGCACGCUGCCCAUGAGCCGCACCUUCUUCCCCGGCGCCGGCUCCAUCUCCGUCCCACUAAUCAACAUGACCGGCGAGACGCCGCUGGCGCUCGGGAAGCCGAGCCAGGCCAUGAUGGACGCGAUUGAGGGCAAGUUCCAGCUCGAUCGCGCCCGCACCUGCAUGGUUGGCGAUAGACUGAACACGGAUAUCCAGUUCGGUGUCGAGGGGAAAUUGGGCGGGACGCUGGCUGUGCUGACGGGCGUGAGUAAAAAGGAGCAUUGGGAGGCUGAGGAUGCGGUGGCCGUGCCGGCAUAUUACGUCGAUGCCCUGAGCGAUCUCCGGGGUGCGACGUCAUGACGGACGAGAUAGCUGUCUCCAAAUCCCCUAAUCGCCUGUAUUUUGCGCAUAUCUUCUUACAUCUGGGGCUUUCAUGGUAAUACACUAUAGAUAUUGAAGGGAAGCCAGCAUGCGUUAGAUAGAGUGGUUGGAGGCCUAGAAUGCGUUUCCCCUAGAUCACAGUAAUGGUAAAUUGCCUAUCUAAGGUGCCUACCUACGAAGAUAUUGCUCUUCCCGCCUGAAUUAUCUUUCUACCAUUCACACUCUCAUCCCGUCACCACCUGCCGACCCCAAAAAUAUCGGUGCAGCGAUAUCGACCAACGGCAAACAAGCAAAGCUGAAUUUCUCCAAGCGCUCUCCGAAAUC